UAUCAGUCGAUCUAUGAUGCACACGACCAAGACAGCCUUGCUCCUGGUCGCUGUCGCCCUCAGUGCCAGCUGUGCGGUUUCCAGCCCGCAGCCGGAUUUUGGGUUGGAGGAGCUGUGGGAUAACCUUAACAAAACCGGCCAGGUAAUCCUCGAUGGACUCGCCAAUGCCACCAAGAAUGGAACGGCCAUAACCGGGGAGUUCCUCGACGGCGUGAAGAACGCCACUGCCCAGUACUCCCACGAGACGGUGGAGUUUGCCCACAAAAUCGCCCAGGCUCUGCACAGAGCUGCCACCGAAGGAAUCGCGGACUUCUCCUCCGAUCUGCGGUCCGUCAUAGAACAGCUGCGCGGUGCUAUUAACCAAGUCCGAAAUGUGGUGAAGCGAAAGGCCUUGAAGGAUGCCCUUGCCGCACUGCAGACCGUAAAUGCCACCGUCGCCGAUUUGGAGGCAGCCGUAGAGAACCUCAACGAUCGUCUGGAGGAGGAGAAGGAGAAGUAUGCGGCCGAGAUCCAGGAGAAGUGGAGCAACUGGGCUGACGCCCAACUGGAUCGAGUUGAUCAGGAGACGAAUGGCGUUGGCAACCAGGAGGCCGAGGAAAUCCUGGACGAGCUGGUCAGCCGAUACUCCGGCUAUCUGCAGAGCUGCGUGGAGGAGUUGCAGGUGCGACAGGGCAUCUACGAGCAGAAUGUCCACCGGGCCAUUGUCAAGUACCACAAUGCCACCAACAAUGUGAGUGCCCAAAUCGAGCUCUGCCUGCAGAGUCCCCUCGGCAUCCUCUCCUGUCGCAGUGGCAUCAACCAGGCUCUCAGUGGACUCAAGACGGCUCCGGCUGAGCUGCUCAGCCUGAAGUUGCAGGGACUGCGACUGCUGGCCGUGGGCCUGGAUGCCGGAGGAUGUGUGGGCCAGACCCUGGAAGAGCACGAACUGGAGAAGCCCAGUGUGGAGCGAAAGCUCGACGAGAUCAUCCAGGAUUAUCUGAACCAGCAGAAUGCCAGCGAUGACGACUCCAGCUCUGAGGAGGACUCGACCACCGAAGAUGUCUCCGAUUUGCAAGGAGAUGACACCACCAAGUCGGAAUAAUCACAUAAUCGUAUAUUUCUUAUUAGGUGCGGGGUAAAAGAAGCAUAAUAAAAUUUUCUUUAAUGCAACAGACAAUAAA